AUGAGCACUAGCGACAAUUCACAAUAUCAUGAGAUCCAUCAUGGGACCGUGUUGGCCCAUUUUUUAGCAGCAGUGUUUUAGAUCUCUUAUUCUGACAUUAUGGCGGUAGAAACCAUCGCACCUGACUGGGAGUUUGAUCGUUUUGACGACGGGUCACAGAAAAUACACCUUGAGGUUCAGCUGAAGAACUACAGCAGGUUUCUGGAGGAGUACACCUCUCAGCUGAAAGGGAUCGAGGAGGCUCUGGACGACUCCAUUGGGGAUGUGUGGGACUUCACUCUGGACCCCAUCGCCCUGAAGCUUCUUCCAUAUGAGCAAUCGUCUUUACUGGAAUUAAUCAAAACAGACAAUAAGGUUCUGAACAAAGUCAUCACAGUUUAUGCUGCUCUCUGCAGUGAAGUGAAAAAGCUCAAGUAUGAGGCAGAAACUAAGUUCUACAAUGGCUUAUUGUACUAUGGAGAGGGAGUGUCUGACACCAGUGUUGUUGAAGGAGAGUCCCAGGUUCAGAUGGGCAGAUUCAUCUCAUUCCUUCAGGAACUCUCCUGUUUUGUAACAAGAUGUUAUGAAGUGGUUGUCAACAUUGUGCAUCAGCUGGCUGCGCUCUACAACAGCAGCAAAGUGGCUACAAAAAUUAUUGAGUCGUCAGGUGUCCAUUUCCAGAUAGUUUAUGAACACCUCGGGGAGCUGUUAGUGGUUCUGCUCACUCUCGAUGAGAUCAUGGAAAAUCAUGGCACUCUGAAAGAUCACUGGAAGAUGUAUAAAAGGAUGUUAAAAUCUGUGCACCACAACCCGGGCAAGUUUUCCAUCCCUGAAGAAAAACUGAAACCAUUUGAAAAGCUCCUGCUCAAGCUGGAGGGACAGCUGCUGGACAGCAUGAUCCUGCAGGCCUGUGUGGAGCAGAGAUUUGAUGAUCCUGGGGAAGGAGUCGCUGUUUCCAAAAACAGUGCCUUUGCAGAGGAGUUUGCCUUCAACAUUCGCACCAUAUUCACCAACGUUGAGUCCAAAAUUGGCGAACCGUCAGAGAUUGACCAGAGAGAUAAAUAUGCUGGAGUCUGUGGUCUCUUUGUGCUUCACUUUCACAUUUUCAGGACUGUUGACAAAAAGUUCUACAAGUCUCUGCUGGAUGUCUGUAAAAAGGUCUCUGCUGUCACUCUGACUUCAAACAUCAUCUGGUUUCCCGACACGUUCCUCAUCACAAAGAUCCCUGCUGCAGCUAAACUGAUGGACAAGAAGAGUUUACAGGCCAUUCGGGUGCAGAGAGACACCUUCCUGCAACAAAGAGCUCAGACACUAGCAAAGGAUGUUCAGUCGUACUACGUGUUUGUAACGUCCUGGAUGAUGAAGAUGGAGUCCAUAUUGUCCAAGGAGCAGAAAAGUGACAAGUUGGCAGAAGACCUGAACAGCAGGUGUAAUGUGUUUGUACAGGGCAUCCUGUAUGCAUACAGUAUCAGCACCAUCAUCAAAACCACAAUGAACAUGUACAUGUCGAUGCAACGGCCUAUGACCAAGACUUCAGUCAAAGCUCUGUGUCGACUCGUUGAACUGCUCAAGGCUGUAGAGCACACAUUUCACAGGCGCUCUAUGGUCGUAGCUGACUCUGUGUCUCACAUCACGCAGCAGCUUCAGUCACAGGCGCUCAACGCCAUCGGUGUCGCAAAGAAAAGAGUGAUCUCCGACAAGAAGUACAGCCAGCAGCGGCUCGAUGUGCUCUCGUCUUUGGUGCUGGCUGAAAACGCUCUGAGUGGUCCAAGCACGAAGGAGCGGCGCCUGGUGGUGUCUCUAGCUCUGUGUGUCGGCACUCAGCUGAAAACCUUUAAAGAUGAGGAGCUGCCUCCUCUGCAGCUGGUGCUGAAGAAGCUCGAUUUGAUCAGCGAGCUGAGUGAAAGGGUCAAGCUGCAGUGUGACUGUAGUUUCCUCUACUGGCACCGAGCUGUGUUUCCCAUCUACCUAGAUGAUGUGUACGACAACGCUGUGGACGCAGCACGGAUACACUACAUGUUUAGUGCACUGAGGGACAGUGUGCCCUCCAUGCUGCAUGCCAAACACAUGGAGUCAUGUGACCAGUUACUGGAGAGCUACGACAAGGAGAUCAUGGAUGUGUUUCAUGAGCACCUGCUGGACAAGCUGUGUAAGGAGAUCGAGAAGGACCUGCGUCUGUCUGUUCACACACACCUGAAGCUCGACGACAGGAACCCUUUCAAAGUGGGUCUGAAGGACCUGGCCCACUUCUUCUCCCUCAAACCCAUCCGAUUCUUCAACCGCUUCAUCCACAUCAAAGCCUAUGUGACCCACUAUCUGGAUAAAACGUUCUAUAACCUAACAACUGUGGCUCUGCAUGACUGGGCCACCUACAGUGAGAUGAGAAACCUCGCCACACAGCGCUACGGACUCACCAUGACCGAGGCUCACCUGCCCAGCCAGACCCUGGAACAGGGUCUGGACGUUCUGGAGAUCAUGAGGAACAUUCAUGUGUUUGUCUCACGUUACCUCUAUAACCUCAACAACCAGAUCUUCAUAGAGAAGGCAAGUAACAACAAGCACCUGAACACCAUCAACAUCCGCCACAUCGCCAACUCCAUCCGGACACACGGCACUGGCAUCAUGAACACCACAGUGAAUUUCACUUACCAGUUCCUGCGGAAGAAGUUUUACAUCUUCAGUCAGUUCAUGUAUGACGAACACAUCAAGUCCAGACUCAUUAAAGACAUCCGCUUCUUCAGAGAGACAAAGGACCAGUCUGAUCAGAAGUAUCCAUUUGAGCGAGCUGAGAAGUUCAACCGUGGCAUCAGGAAGCUCGGCAUCACUCCUGAAGGACAGAGCUACCUGGACCAGUUCAGACAGCUCAUCAGCCAGAUCGGUAAUGCUAUGGGCUACGUGCGGAUGAUCCGUUCUGGAGGCCUUCACUGCUGCAGCAGUGCUAUCAGGUUUGUCCCUGACCUGGAGGAUAUUGUCAACUUUGAGGAGCUGGUGAAGGAGGAGGGAUUGUCAGAGGAGACUCAGAAGGCUGCGUGCGUGCUGGAUUCAGUGUUGGGAGAUCUGACCAGCAACUCUGCCGAGGGGACAGAGUACUUCAAGAUGCUGGUGGCAGUGUUUGCACCAGAGUUCCGAAGCGCCAAAAACAUGCACCUGAGAAACUUCUACAUGAUUGUACCCCCACUGACUGUGAAUUUUGUUGAGCACUCCAUCAGCUGCAAAGAGAAACUCAACAAGAAGAACAAAACUGGAGCUGCAUUCACAGAUGAUGGCUUUGCUAUGGGUGUGGCAUACAUCCUGAAGCUGCUGGACCAGUACCUGGAGUUUGACUCUCUGCACUGGUUUCAGGCCGUCAGAGAUAAAUAUAAGAAAGAGAUGAACGCUGUGGUGAAGGAGCAGAACGUCCAGUCUGCCAGCCAGGAUGAAAAACUGCUGCAGACCAUGAACCUCACUCAGAAGAGGCUGGACGUCUACCUCCAGGAGUUCGAGCUGCUCCACUUCUCGCUGAGCAGCGCCCGGAUCUUUUUCAGAGCAGACAAGACUGCAGCCGAGGAGACUCAGGAGAAGAAGGAUAAAGAAGAAGCCGCCAAAGCUGGAGGGGCUUCAGACGUCUCCAUCCCCACUGAAGCUUCCUCAAAGUGAGUGUCACUGUGGGGCUCAGUGUUCAGAACUUGGAGGAGUGCUGCGAAGUGGCCAGAAGAAGUUUCAGGAUGUCCCGCAGUGAAAGCACUGAAAUGUGUCUGGAGGAACUUGUUUUAAAGACCAUCUUCACUCGAGAAUGAAUGUUUACUUAAAGCGUUACUGCAGGAAGUGUCUCUUUUGUGUCCAUUAUGAAUGAAACAUCCAACAGUGUUCGAAACAUCCAAUAAAUUCAGUUUGAAUUUGUAGCAUUAAAACAAGCAAAUGUGGUUUGAAAAGUCAGGUGGUGAAACCAGCGUGUGGUUUAUUCUAUGUUUUGCCAUGCUGCCUUUGAUACAUUCAGUCUGUGUAGACUGUCUUAUUUUUCUACUGUAGAAGCCUCAGCUAUGUGUGAGCGUUCAAUUAAUGACUAAUAUUCAACUGCUUUCAUUUCAAUACUUCCUGCAUCUUCAUUGGUGUCUAAUGUACUAACUAUGAUUGUUCAUGGCCUUUAAUGGCAGCUCUGUUCUUAAUGCCUCUGCAGAUGAUAGCACAGUGACGAGGAUCAUGGAGAACAUUUUCAGUGUGAUCUGUUUGUUUUAAUUUUCUUCUGUCCAUUUUUUCUUUUACAUUGAAUGAUAUGAUGUAUGUGUGCCUUUCUAAUCCAUCAUUAUUAGUUGUGAGGCCUGAUUAUUUAAGUAAGAGGGCAUCCAAACACCCAGAAGGCCGAGUGUUGUGAAGAAACAGAGACUCAUUACUUCUCUGUCCCAGUAGAGAUGUUUCAUUUACACUUUUAUUCCCUGAUUUUGUAUCUAUCAACAUGUGGUACAUGUGAGAAAAAAGGCCAUGAUCUGGUCAGAAUUACAUUCCAUGAAUUAACUUGAUUGAAAAGAAAAAUCUGUAGUCUUUGAAGACUAAUAAAACUUGCACUUUCAAAAGA